AUGUUUAUGACAUUAGAUGUGUAUUCAGCUAUUUAUAUGUCAGGUUUGCUGGUGGGGGACAUUCAGGGUCCUCAGACCUGGAUCGAUGGAGAGAAGAUCACUUUGUACUGUACGGGGUCUAACUGUACUCCCAACACUGAGGUUGAAUGGACCGUACAGGAUAAAGAUGGGAACAGCGUUACGAUUUCUGACAUUGUGACAAAGGACACAGAGGAGGAACAGCCGCUCAUGUCAGCAGAAUAUCUGAUAAACAGCGAAAAGAAGGAUAAACCAGGAAAAAAAGUUUGUGAUUUUACCAGCUCUCUGAGUUUUAUCCCAUCUUUAUCAAGACAUCUUAACUCAACCGUGAUUUGCGAGUUUACCUGCGCUGAGAAAACCGAGCAGAAAUCAUUCAAAUACAAAUCGAUUUAUGCCAAACCCCAGUUCAUUGAGCCGGCUGAGUUCACUAUCUGCAAUACUGAAGAAGUUCAACUCUGCAUCAACCUGCACAAAUUUUAUCCGAAACACAUUGACAUUAGCUGGAGCUGUGACCAUCAGGAAUUUCCUGAUAUAAAGAACCCGGAAUGUACAAUGAAUUAUGAUGGAACGUACAAUACCGUGAUCAGACAGCCUGUCCCUGCUGAUUGGUUCAGUGAUCCCAACUGUAAAGUCUGUGUGACGUGGAGACAUGUAUCUAUGGAGUCACCAGGAUGCAGGGAGUUCUCUGUUAAAGAUCUGCCAUGGCAUCCAGAGAUUGAAGACAUCAACAUUCAAAAAUCCUCAGGCAGCAGUAAUAUUGAAUUGCAUUGUAAAAUAUAUAAUUUCUUUCCUGAUUUACUAACGGUGAUCUGGUUUGACAAGAAAAAAGGAAAAAAUGUGACAGACAGUGAAAAAUAUAAAAUCUCUGAAAUCAGAGAAAGGGACGCCAAUCUCACUUUCUCCUGUAACACGUCACUGUGUUUUGAAAAGUCCCUCAUUGAAGAGGAGGAAGUGGAGUUUAUCUGUCGUGUAGAACAUCCAUGUCUGAAGAAUCCAAUCCAGUCCAGCACAGGACUGCUAGAAGUUACUGAUUUGCAGAACUUCAUUGUUAAUAAUAUCCAGGGGCCACAGAGUUGGAUUUUUGGAGAGAAGGUCACUUUGUAUUGUGCUGCGUCCUACUGCAAGGAAGACACUUUGGUGACGUGGAUCCUGAGAGAAGAUAAUGGACCCACCCACGAGGUCUCGGAGCUUCUGUCAGAGAGAGACAGUAAACACGGGAUGCUCCAAUCUGCUGAUUACUUGGCUCUCAGGGAGAGAACUGAGACAUCAGACAGAGAGGGUCUCCAAGAUAUCACUUCUUCUCUGAGCUUCACACCGUCCAUUUCUAAACACAAAAACAUGGUCACAAUCUGUAGGCUAAGCUGUGGUGGGAAAACUAAAGAGAAAACAUUUCAACCAAAAAAUCUGUAUGCUAAACCUAAAGCCUCGGAUUCUAUAAAACUAGCUCUGCUUGAUUCUGGGGAGGUUCUCGGAUCCUUUAACAUUCAGGAAUUCUAUCCAAAUGACAUUCAGAUAACCUGGACCGGUGGCAGACAAUCCGCCUAUGACAAGUUAGAAUCAUCGGAAAUCUUUACAGAUAGAGAUUCCACCCAUAAUGUUCUUAGUGAAUGCAAGAUUGAUGGGCGAUUGUUUAAAUAUCCUGACUUUACGGUGAAAGUGUCCUGGAAACAUGGAUCUAUGGACGUCUGGGAAUCAAGACAGGUCUCAGUUAGCGAUAAAGAUUAUCCAUGGAGACCAGACAUCCAAGGCAUUCCCCUUCCAAGUUUGAUCAAUAACCGCCCAGCUAAUCUGAUGUGCAGAAUAUCCAGUUUUUUCCCUGAUAAUGUGGCUGUGAAGUGGCUCAGGAAAGAGAAAGACAGUGAGGAACGUUUUCCUCUAACCCACAGUGAAAAAUAUAAAAUGUCAGAUCUCAGCCUGAAGAAGCAGAGUGAUAACACGUUUGAGUGCCGGGCAUGUCUGAAUUUCACUCCGUCUGUGAAAAUCGAACAAGGGGCAGAGUUUGUUUGUGUUGUGGAACAUCCGAGUUUAACCAGCCCCAUAGAAAGAAAAACUGGAGCCAUUCAAGUAACGGGAUUUCCAGAUGUAAAAAAUAUCAUUAACUCGGGAGACAGGGUUUUCUCUUUGAACGUUGAUGGUUUUUACCCCAAGAUAAUCACAAUUUAUUGGAAACUGGUUCCUGCCUCGUCGAUGGGUGAUAGUUACACUGUCACAUCUUCCAGUUCAUUUAAUGAAAACCAAGAUGGCAGCUAUACGGUUACCAGUAUCUGUGACCUGAAGAAGAAUGAGUUUUGUGAAGAUAAUAAUUACAGCCUUACAGCCACAGUAGAACAUGAAACAUUGGAGGAUCCUAUUAAUAGGACAAUCAGUGUGGAAAGACAAGAAGCAAAGAUCACAACUCUUCUGAUUCAAGAACAGAAUUCAGCAAAGUCUGCAGAUCUACGAGAACCAUCUGAGGUGGACGCUGGUCCUGCAAAUCAACCAACAGAAGAUUACCAGAAGUUCAUCAUGAACAACAUUCAGGGACCUCCUAUCUGGACCCAUGGCGAGAAGGUCAUUCUCUACUGUACGGCUUAUGAUUGCUCUGAGAAUGCCAACGUUUUCUGGAUUAUAAAGGAGAAUGAUGGAACAUUACAUGAAAUGUGUGAUACAUCGACGCAGCAGUCGGAGAAACCAGAAUAUGUGGCAUUUAGAGAUAGUACAGAGGAGACACACAAAGAGGGUCUAUAUGAUAUAACCAGCUCUCUGACUCUGAUGCCAUCUGUCCUGAAACACUCAGGGGUGAUAAUCAAAUGCAGGAUUGUCUGUGAAGGAAAAAAGAAAGAAAAAACCUUUAAGCUUCAAUCUAUUAAUGCUAAACCAGCAGUGGUGGAGCCAGUAACAGUGAGUCUCUGUGAGUCCGGAGAGAUAAUGUAUUCACUGAAUCUACAGAACUUUUAUCCAAAGGAGAUCAGGAUUAUCUGGACCUAUGGACCAGGACAGUACCAGAAACCUGUCACAUCCAAUGAUGUUAUCAAAAUAAAUCCUGAUCUUACUUACAGCAUCCAGAGUGAAUUAAAGGUUCCUGGGGACAACUUUAAAGAUCCAAACUUUAUAGUGUGGGUUUCAUGGGAACAUUCAUCUCUGGAUCAUCCAGAACACCGGAAAUUCUGUGCUAAGGACCCGGAAUUUACCUGGCGUCCAGAAAUUCAAGAAAUUCCCAUCUCUCCCGUAUUACUGGGUAAGAGGGUCACCCUACAAUAUAAUAUCUCUAAUUAUUACCCGGAUGCUCUGGCUGUGGGAUGGUUUAAGAAGGAGAAGGGAAGUAAUGAAUUGGUUCAUUUAAGAGCUUCUAAUAACUACAGAAUCCCCCAUCGUUUAACACACAAUAAGCAGCCGGAUAACACGUACAGCUGUACUGCAAGUCUGGAUGUCAUAGCAAGGAGCGAACUCCAAGGAACAGAAUUCAUCUGCAGAGUGGAACAUCCCAGCCUGGAGCAACCAAUAGAGAGACGGACUGAACCAUUACUAGUAAAGGCUAAACCCACAGUGUCGGAGCCAGUAACAGUGAGUCUCUGUGAGUCCGGAGAGAUAAUGUAUUCACUGAAUCUACAGAACUUUUAUCCAAAGGAGAUCAAGAUUAUCUGGACCUAUGAACCAGGACAGUCCCAGAAACCCGCGACAUCCAAUGAUGUUAUCAAACCAAAUCCUGAUCUCACUUAUAGCAUCCAGAGUGAAUUAAAGGUUCCUGGGGAAAACUUUAAAGAUCCAAACUUUAUAGUGUGUGUUUCAUGGGAACAUUCAUCUCUGGAUCACCCAGAACACCGAAGAUUCUGUGCUAAGGAUCCAGAAUUUACCUGGCGUCCAGAAAUGCGAGAAAUUCCCAUCUCCCCUGUAUUACUGGGUAAGAGGGUCACUUUACAAUAUAAUAUUUCUAAUUAUUAUCCAAUUGCUCUGGUUGUGAGAUGGUUUAAGAAGGAGGAGGGAAGCCAAGCAUUAACUCCUGUAAAUUCUGGUGAGAAAUAUGAAAUCCCAAAUCUUGGCUCUGCCAGACAGCCGGAUAAUACGUACAGCUGCACAGCAUGUCUGGGUAUCACUCCAUCACUGAGCUCAGAGCAAGGAGCACAAUUCAUCUGCAGAGUGGAACAUCCCAGCCUGGAGCAACCAAUAGAGAAAUGGACUGAACCAUUACAUGUGAAGGCUAAACCAGCAGUGUCGGAGCCAGUAACAGUGAGUCUCUGUGAGUCCGGAGAGAUAAUGUAUUCACUGAAUCUACAGAACUUUUAUCCAAAGGAGAUCAAGAUUAUCUGGACCUAUGGACCAGGACAGUCCCAGAAACCCGUGACAUCCAAUGAUGUUAUCAAACCAAAUUCAGAUCUCACUUACAGCAUCCAGAGUGAAUUAAAGGUUCCUGGGGACAACUUUAAAGAUCCAAACUUUAUAGUGUGUGUUUCAUGGGAACAUUCAUCUCUGGAUUAUCCAGAACAUCGGAAAUUCUGUGCUAAGGAUCCAGAAUUUACCUGGCGUCCAGAAAUUCAAGAAAUUCCCAUCCCUCCUGUAUUGCUGGGUCAGAGGGUCACCCUACAAUAUAAUAUUUCUAAUUAUUACCCGGAUGUUCUGGCUGUGGGAUGGUUUAAAAAGGAGAAGGGAAGCCGAGCAUUAACUCCUGUAAAUUCUGGUGAGAAAUAUGAAAUCCCAAAUCUCAGUCAUGACAAACAGCCGGAUAAUAUGUACAGCUGUACAGCAUGUCUGGUUAUCACUCCAUCACUGAGCUCAGAGCAAGGAGCACAAUUCAUCCUCAGAGUGGACUAUCCCAGCCUGGUGAAACCAAUAGAGACAUGGACUAAACCAUUACAAGUGAAGGCCAAACCUGAAAUGAUGGAACCUGUGAAAUUAACCAUUUGUGACACAGGAGAUAUGCAGUGUGCAAUGAAUCUGAGACAUUUCUAUCCUCAGAAUUUGCGGAUCAGGUGGUUCUGGGGGGAAAAUCUCAUAAAAUCUGAGGAGAAAUAUGAAAAAAAUCCCGAUCUAACAUUUAAUGUUCUGAGUGAAUGUAGAAUUAACGAGAGAGAUUUCCAAAAUCCAGCCUAUAACAUACGCGCUACAUGGGAACAUGAAUCCAUGGAGGGCUGUGAGUCCAGAGACCUUUCUAUUAGAGAUCCAGAAGUCUUUCCGUGGCGUCCGGUUAUGAGUGAGAUCGCCGUCCCACGGCUAAAAGUUGGUGAACGAGCCACGCUAAAGUGCGUUAUAUCGAAAUACUUCCCUAGUGCGCUGACUAUAGAGUGGAUUAAACGGACGCGAUCAGGCCACGAGACGCAGUGUUUGCCUCCCCAUUACACGGUUACUGAUUCCCCCUCACACAGGCUGGAAGAUCACUCAUAUUCAUGUGAAACGUGUCUGAGUUUUACCCCAUCAAUAGCAGCGGAGGAUGGAGCACAAUUCAUCUGCAGAGUACAGCACCCCAGCCUUGGGAAACCCUUAUCACAAAGCACCGGAGUCCUGAAUGUGGCUGAACUAAAACAAGAAAAUGCAAGGGAUUCACCCAGACAGAAGAAAAGAAAAAUAGAGGAAGAUGAUGGACAAGAGAUUGAAUCCCACAGUGAGAAAAAGCAAAGAUCCAACAUUGAAGCUCAUUUAUUGGCAGCUGGCGAACAGGAAGUAGAUAUGUAUGAAGCUUCAGAUGGAAUGGGAGAUUCAGGAGAAGAAGAUCCAAUGAUCACAGACUGAAAGAGUAUAAUGCUCUACACUAUUUAAUAAUUACAUAUUGAGUAAACGAAGAGUCAUCCAUGGACAUCUGGCUUCCACAAGUCUGUUAGCAAAGCUGGCUUUAUCUAGUACCAAAACUGUGAAAUGUAAUAUGAUGUAUCAUGCUAGAUGGGUCUAUUUACUAACGUCUGAAUGUCCACCGUACCCAAUGGGGAAAAAACAUCCAGUUUCAUAAAGGACCAUUAAGAAAAUUCCAGAUUUCUCAGUAUAUUGAAUAGGGUCCAGAUUAUGCAAUUCUCACUCUGUAUGUAGCAGAAUUGUGUCUGGAUAUUACUCUGUGUGAAUGCUACCAGGUAGAGAUCAUGGCUGCAUGAUUACAAUCCAUACCUAGAUGCUUAAAACUCUGACCAU